UUGCCCUUGCGCCAUGUCACACGCUUUGCUCGCCAUGGUAGCGCGGUCAACAGAAACUCGCAAUCAUGCUGCAAUCGCGUUGAGGUGCGCGAACUCAUAGCGGAUCUCCGCGCCCACAGUGCGUCAUCGGGUGGAGCGUCAGCCAUAUUGACGCGCUGCUGACUCCAGGCAAGUUAAGUGAGUGAGAGGAGGGAGGGGAGUGUUCACGUCUGCAGUUUUGUGUACGGACUCAACUGAAAUCGCACCUGUUUUGACGCCGGUGAAGGUUUCAUCUAUCUGAAGGAUUGUUUGACCGAUUUUACUGCAGUUGCUGCUGCUGGGAGUUUAAAGAAGGAUUCAAAAUGCCUAAACCGCUAAAUGUUCGCGUCACCACCAUGGAUGCGGAGCUGGAGUUUGCCGUCCAGCCCAGCACCACAGGCAAGCAGCUCUUCGACCAGGUGGUCAAGACCAUCGGCCUGCGGGAGGUCUGGUACUUUGGGCUGCAGUACAUGGACAGCAAAGGCUACCACACCUGGCUUAAACUGGAUAAGAAGGUCUCCUCACAGGACGUGAAGAAGGAGAACCCCCUGCAGUUUAAGUUCCGGGCAAAGUUCUUCCCAGAGGACGUGGCUGAGGAGCUGAUCCAGGACAUCACACAGAAGCUCUUCUUCAUGCAGGUGAAGGACGCCCUUUUGAGUGACGAGAUCUACUGUCCCCCUGAGACUGCUGUGCUGCUCGGGUCCUACGCCGUCCAGGCAAAGUUCGGCGACUUCAACAAGGAGGCACACAAGCCUGGAUACCUCACGUCCGAUCGCCUGCUGCCCCAACGUGUCCUGGAGCAGCACAAGCUCUCCCGAGAGCAGUGGGAGGAGAGGAUCCAGGUGUGGCACGAGGAACACAGAAGCAUGCUGAGAGAGGACGCCAUGUUGGAGUACCUGAAGAUCGGACAGGACCUGGAGAUGUAUGGCGUCAACUACUUUGACAUCAAGAACAAGAAGGGCACGGAGCUGUGGCUGGGUGUGGACGCGCUCGGACUCAACAUCUACGAGAAGAGUGACAAACUGACACCAAAGAUUGGAUUUCCGUGGAGUGAAAUCAGGAAUAUCUCCUUCAAUGAUAAGAAGUUUAUCAUCAAGCCCAUUGACAAAAAGGCCCCAGACUUCUUGUUCUACGCCCCUCGCCUCCGCAUUAAUAAGCGCAUCCUGCAGCUGUGCAUGGGGAACCAUGAGCUGUACAUGCGCCGCAGGAAGCCGGACACCAUCGAGGUGCAGCAGAUGAAGGCCCAGGCCCGUGAGGAGAAGCACCAGAAACAGCUGGAACGGGCCCAGCUGGAGAACGAGAAGAAGAAGAGAGAGAGCAUCGAGCGCGAGAAGGAGCAGAUGGAGAGAGAGAAGCAGGAGCUCAUGAUGCGUCUGUACGAGUUCGAAGAGAAGACCAAGAGAGCUGAGAAAGACCUGCAGGAGCAGAUGCAGAGGGCCAUACAGCUGGAGCAGGAGAGGCGGCGGGCUGAGGACGAGGCGGCGCGGCUGGAGUCUGACAGGCAAGCAGCCCUGCUGGCCAAGGAGGAGCUGGCCAGGCAGGCCGAGGACCAGAUGAAGGGCCAGGAGCAGCUGGCCGCAGAGCUGGCAGAACACACUGCUAGGAUCGCCCUGCUGGAGGAGGCCAGGAAACGCAAGGAGGAGGAGGCCAGCACAUGGCAAGAGAGAGCUCAGAAUGCUCAGGACGACCUGCUGAAGACGCGCGAGGAGCUUCACCUGGUGCUGACGGCUCCGGUGGCACUCCCUCCCCCGCCGCCGCCCGUCAUGGACCACAUGGACGACGGCGAGGGCGAGGACGGCGAGGAGAGCACCAGCACACACAGCGCCGAGCUGCAGAUGGAGGGCUUCGACGACCACCGCCUGGAGGAGGAGCGCCUCACCGAGGCCGAGAAGAACGAGAGGGUGCAGAAGCAACUGAUGGCCCUGACCUCUGAGCUGGCCUAUGCUCGUGACGACACCAAGAAGACCCAGAACGACAUCCUGCACACGGAGAACGUGCGCGCUGGCCGAGACAAGUACAAGACCCUGCGGCAGAUCCGACAGGGCAACACCAAGCAGCGCAUUGACGAGUUUGAGGCCUUAUAAAAGCACCCCCCCAACCCCACCCCCACCCAUCCUCCACACCCCCCAAC